GUGAAAGGAUUGGUUCCUUCUCCACUCUGUGUUCCCCCAUCGGAGUGGAAAAUGGAUCGGAGUUCCUUCUCAUCCGGAACCCGGAAAAUCCGAUCCAAAUCCGAUAUAUACUCCACCUUCGUGGUCCACGACGAUGUCGACGACGACGGAGCAUCCAACCGCAGGCGUAAGGCCGGAGGCGCUCAUUCACAGGACGAUCCCUACGCGACAAUGGUGUACAAAGACAACGGCCACGACGGUGAUGACGACGAUGACGAAUACUCUUCUCUCCCUCCGCUUCUCAAGCACCUGCCCAAGGAUUUCGGCGGCGGAGCGCCGCUGGACUACGAUGACGUCGACGACGACGACGAAGACUCCGGCGAUUUUGGCACCGUAAUCGUGAAGUCCGAUCGGAGCCGGCAGCGCGAUCGAUCUUCUUCCGGCGUGGCUUCGUCGGCGGGCUCGACCUGGAAGGCUCAGAGCUCAACGCAGGCGAGCCCUUUGAACAGGUUCGGCGGCGGUGACGAAAGCGACGACGGUGACCAUGACGGCGGCGGGUUUUCAACCUUCGUCGUGCGCUCAACGGUGAGGUCCGGCGAGAGAGAGUCGGUAAGCGGAACCGUGUUGCGACGGACGAGCGGCGGUAGUGGCGGCGGUUCGACGAUGGAGAGAGCUGUGGCGAGUAUGCAAGCGAUGGGAGAUUUUGGAUUUGGAAAGCAGAGGAAAGGAAGUGGAUCCUCGCAGAACGAUGAGGGAAGGCAACAUUCGAUAACGACUAAGGUUUCGUCGAGUUCAAUCCCUGAUAGUGUUAUCAGAGAGGACCCUACGACAAAAUACGAAUUGCUUAAUGAACUUGGGAAGGGGUCCUAUGGAGCUGUUUACAAAGCUAGGGAUUUGAGAACCUCGGAGAUGGUUGCUAUCAAAGUAAUAUCGUUAUCGGAAGGGGAGGAGGGAUAUGAGGAAAUCCGCGGUGAGAUUGAGAUGUUACAACAAUGUAAUCAUCCAAACGUUGUCCGUUAUCUUGGAAGCUAUCAAGGAGAAGAGUAUCUUUGGAUAGUGAUGGAAUUCUGUGGUGGUGGUAGUGUUGCUGAUCUGAUGAAUGUGACUGAGGAACCACUGGAUGAGGGUCAAAUAGCAUAUAUCUGCAGAGAAGCACUGAAGGGACUUGAAUACUUGCACUCAAUUUUUAAAGUCCAUAGAGACAUUAAAGGUGGGAAUAUCUUGUUAACUGAACAAGGAGAUGUCAAGCUAGGGGAUUUUGGUGUUGCUGCACAGCUUACAAGGACUAUGUCAAAGCGCAAUACGUUCAUUGGAACCCCUCAUUGGAUGGCUCCGGAAGUUAUUCAAGAAAGUCGCUAUGAUGGAAAGGUAGAUGUUUGGGCUCUUGGUGUGUCUGCAAUUGAAAUGGCUGAGGGUGUUCCUCCAAGAUCAGAUGUACAUCCAAUGAGGGUUUUAUUCAUGAUAUCAAUAGAACCUGCUCCGAUGCUUGAAGAUAAAGAAAAAUGGUCUCUAUAUUUCCAUGAUUUUGUUGCAAAGUGCCUAACAAAAGAACCUCGUCUCCGCCCUACUGCAUGUGAGAUGUUGAAGCACAAAUUCUUUGAAAAAUGUAAAACUGGAUCUGCUGCAAUGUUGCCAAAACUAGAAAAGGCAAGGCAAAUCAGGGCUUCAAUGGCUUUGCAGGUGCAAACUCUUGCUCCAGCUGCAUCAGGAGAUCAGUUAGCUUCAAAGCUAAAUGAUGAAUACGGAGAUACUGUUCCAUCCAGACCUCUUAACAUAGGUGUAGAGGGGGGUGCUGAUCUCUCAUCACAUGGCACUAUGAGGAAGCUGCAAAAGGGGGAAGAUGUAGACAUGAGUGAAGGGAACUUUGGCACUGUAAUAGUCCAUGGAGAUGCAUCACAUAAGACCACACAUGAUGUAGAUUCUGAAGUUUCCUUGUCUGCUCUGACCAGUGGCACAGGAGGCAGAUUAGCUGACCCUGGGAUUGAGAGUCAAAAAGUUGGUGUCACAAAUACAGCUUCUUUCAGAGGAUCUAGUCAUCCUACCAAUACCAUACAUUCAACUUUACCUUACAUUACUAAUUCAACUGAGCAGAACCUCAAAACAAAAGGUAGUCAUCGAGCACAAGCUGGAGUUGGUAGUGAUAUAAGCAAUAACAUAUUCAAGAAUGAAACAGUCAGCCGCAGAUCAUUUGCUUUACAAGAUAAGCUUUGGUCCAUUUAUGCUGCUGGUAAUACAGUGCCCAUACCAUUCUUAAGGGCAACAGAUAUAUCACCUAUUGCUCUCCUGUCAGACAAUGUGCUCGGUGGCCUGCAACAGGAUACCAGUGGAACUGGAACAGUAGAAGCAUUGCAAGAGCUUUUUAGUGGUGACGGACAGUCCAAAAAGUGUCGGAGAGGACUUAAUGAGAUGCCUCUUCCUCCAAGCAUUUACCAAAGAUUGACAUCAAGUUCUACUCUAAUGAAUCUGGCACAGGCUUUAGCUUACCAUAAGAUGUAUGUUCCUUUCUUUAACUUCUACUCAGCAAAAAUUUAUCACUUCCAUGUGAGAAAUUUUAGUCAUUUAUUUGUGCAAAAGCUUCUAUUGACGAAUUGUAUAACACCUAUGUACAUGCGUCAGUUAAGUACACAAUUUAGAGGCUCUUGAUUUCGGAUUUGAUGAUUACUUUCAGCUCCUCCUAGGCGUGUAUUGGGUUUGUUUGAUUUGAUUAUUGUUUUCCUAAUUGCUUUACUUGUUAGGUGUUACGAAGAUAUGCCACUGCAGGAGCUGCAAGCGAUCCAGGAACAGCGGACUAUUCAAAAUCUCUCUGACACACUUCGAACUAUUCUUCGGUUGUAAGUUGGUAGUAUAACUUACUGGCUGCAAAGAUCACAAAACUGUUCUGUUCUCGUGCCAUUGAUAAACACAUUCAUACAGGCAGAGCAGCAGCAGCUUCCUUAUUUAUUGAAUUUAUUUUAGGCGUAUGGUCCUUUGACUAGUACUCAAGUUUUGCUGGUUUCUUUUCACUCUCUUCUCUAGUCCUUGUUAAGUAAACCCUAGAAGAAUAGGGUUUUGUAAGCUGUCACAUAUUUGUAUGUAAAUAGUGUAUGUAUGUCUUUCAAUUAACGUUGCAUUUGAGCACGUUGUAGUUACUAGUGGGAUUUUUAAAGUAAAGCAAGAUUUGUCUAC